AUGGUGGUUAUCAAGGAGUAUCGCCGGAAGCUACCUCAGAUGAGACAGCAGAGUCUAUCUUGCAACUGGAACAAGAAAUACCAGCUUCUCAUGGUUGCAACCAGACUUGCCAUGAACAUCACCCAAAGCCUGGUGAACGCCAGAUCGGGCUUGGUAUAG